AUGCAAUCUUCAAUUUUAGGCUGUAGGACUCUGAUACAAAUCUCAAUAUCAUGAGCAUCGUCUACACAUCACACGACCACUUUGCAAUUUUGCAGCUUUUUGCAACAACAACAAAAAGCAAAGCCAUCUGGGUUAUCAGCGUAUCUAUCUAGAUUAUUUGCUGUGAUAGUGUUCAGCAAUUUUAGUCUAGCAUAUUCAAAUCGUUCGAUUGUGCAAGCCAAAAUGCAGUUCCCAAGGAUCUGAAACUUUUCCAUUCUCAUGCGUCAUUUGCUUUGCAUCUGCACUUGCAACACAACUCUCUUACUGUUUAUCCACCACGAGCACAAGUCCACGACACAUGGCUGAAAAACGCUACCUUUCGAUACGACUUCGCAUCUUGCUAUUAUCGAGUAUAGCUUUUCUGGCAUGUCCUGGCCCCUACAUAACUGCCGCGAUACACGGUGUCGUAGCUUUGAACGAUCAACCUAACGAGAGCACGCUUACUUCGCCUUCAGCUAACGAUUCCGAGGAGAGAGUGUUGGGCAAAGUCGAUGAAAAAAUGGCAUCCCAAAACUUGCCAAGGGACUCUCAAGGGCAAAAAAGUGGCAGGCAUCUAUCAAUCAUCGUCUCAUCAAAAUAUAUAAGGCAUUUAUGAGUAAGUUAUUCCCUGCUGCAUAAGAGUAUUGCCUUUGACCACUUCCGCAGGCCUCGCGUUUGUACCAAAAAUUGCUACUCGAGAAAAAAGCAGAGAUAGAAGCAAUCUUGAAGUUAGAGAUUUAGGUGAAGAUAUCACUGAUGAAGAGACAAGAAUUGAAACGGUGUUUCUAGAGUGUAGACAUCUUACGUUGGAUGCGCCGUGAAGGAUUUACUGCUCUCCUUAUGAACAGACGUACGGACGGGGACCUUCUACCCAUACAGAUAAUUUGGAUGUGGUUGGUGGAAUAUUACGAAAUAACUUGCAAGUGUUCAUUCACCCCCUAAUGAAAUGUACCAUAUCUACAGCAUUGUUAAAGCUCAAGCUCGAUUCUUUGUACUUCAUUGGUAACGACACGGAGGUAGUAUCGGGUCGACAAAAAUUAAAGCAAGUUUCGUUGUUGAUAAUUUGUGUAGCUGGCUUUGUUACACACAUCGACCCGAAUACGGCUACUAAUUGUCUCGUGCUCGUCAUAAAAGCUGUAGUAGAUAAUGAUCCUGUCCCUUAAAAAUGCUGCUGCUUGCAUGUCUCGCCCGUUCCACUCAACUGCGUUAUGCACACACUGCCUCGUAUUUCUACAAGUGCCUUGUACUCUAUCGCACAAGGUACUUCGAUCUAAAAUUCUGCUACAUCACCUCUACGUAUCGAACUACAUGCAUUCGCUCAUGGUGCGUAAGUGGUAGUUCCGCCCGUUGAUAUAGCGCCGUUAGAAAAACUUAUGAAAAAC